UCCGGAGGGAAACGCUGCGCAUCCCGUUCCCACCCCUGCACCGGGCAGGGGUCGCUGGCGGGGGGAGCCCCCCGAGGGUCCCGAAGGUCCCGCAGCGGCGUCAGGAGGUGCUGAAAGCGGCCUGGAUGUGCUCCCAGCCUUUGUGCUGGGCUGGUGUAUUGCUUUUACGGGGAGGGAGUUCAUAUUUGGAUUCGGGAUGGGUGACCCGCGGCCGUGACGUCACAAAAGGGGACACGUGCCACCAGCCCCGGCUCCCAGUGCGGCCACGAUGGGACGUGGGUGAAGCCAUGAGCGUCCUGCUCCCCGCGCUUGUCCUGCUGGUGGCCACUACGGCCGUCCUGCUGGUCGCCCGCAUUCGGAAGGCAGGGAAGCGCCCCGGGAGCCGGGCCGGGGGGUCCCGGCGCGGCCGAGCAGCCCCAGGGGCUCCCGGCUCCCCCCCGGCUGAGGAGACCCCUCCGCAGGGCGCGGCUGCCCCCGGGAGCGCCCCGUACAUCCCCUGCGGCUGCGGCCCCGGCUGCGCCCCCUGCGCCACAGCGGCCCGGGAGCUGCAGGACCUGGUGACGCCGCUGUGGCCCGGGGUGUCCUUCCCGCGGGACUCGGAGAUGUGGCAGCUCUCGUGGGAGGACCUGGAGCAGCUGCUGGAGCGCGGCCGCCUGCCCUGCUGCGCCUCCUCCAGCUCCUCCGGGAGCCUCCGUCCUUCCCGGAGCGUCAGCGAGAGCUGCCGGACUCCGGAUGGAGAGGACCCCGUGGACGGAUCCUGCUGCUCCCUUGGAGCUGCGAGCGUGAGGAGGAACUGCUCGUCCUUGAGGAUGCACGUGGCCAAGAAGAACCUGGAAGUCAAGCUGAGAGCCCAGCCCGUUCCAGUGAGGUGUUCCCAGGAGCAACUGGUGCAGCGGGGAGCGUCACCCCAUUCCUCCGAGAGCCUGCCACGCUCCGAGAGCCUCAGCGGGAGCUGCCAGACUCCGGACGGAGAAGAUGCCAGGGCCUGCUCUCCGAGCUCCCUCGGAUCCGCGGAUAUCAGCGGGACCCGCUCAGCCCUGAGGAUCCACGUGGCCAAGAAGAGCCUGGAAGUCAAACUGGGAGCCCGGCCUGCUCCGGUGAAGAGUUCCCAGCAGCAAGUGGCGCAGCAGGAAGUGUCCCCGAGGCGCCGGUGCCCAGCGCAUGGCUGCCAGGAUCCUGCGGGGCUGCCAAGUGGGAACAACACCCCGUGCUCGGAGUCGGAGAAGAUCCUCCAGAGGCAAAGGGACUUGGAGUUCCCCCAUCUCCGGGGAGCUCCUCUGAGACGGAUGAGGCUCCUCUUGGCAGCUCAGAUACUCCUGAGGAUGCUCUGUUUUAAAUAAAUCAGCACUUCCCCAAAGAACUGGGCUGAGUCUGGGCUGGGACAGGGCCCCUUCCUUCCCAACAGCUGGCACGUGCUGGGUGUGGAUCCGGGAUGGGAAUGCUGUGGGUCACACACGCAUGGUUUGGUUGCUACGGAGCAGGGCUCGCCCUCCUCAGGGACUCUGCAGUGUCCCAUGGGACAGUCCCUGUUUCCCGCUGGGAAAGGUGGGACGGGCAGCCAGGAUCAAAUCCUUGGGAGAUUCUGGAAACGAGCCCCAGCCUCUGUCGCGUGUGGCCGCAUGUGGCUCCCGGCGCCGGCCGCUGUCCGGUGGGGAGCUGACCCUGGGGUGACCAGCGCUGACCGGGCUGGAUACCACCUGGAGCACCCCCCUCCUGAGCUGCGGGACCACCCUGGAGGUGAGGAAUGGGGACACCGUGUGUCCCUGAAGGAGAUGGGUGUCGGGUGGGGGUGAGGGGACCCUGCCAGCCCCAGGGGUUUUCUGGGGGCACUGAGCUGCUGACACCCCCAGCCCCAAUUCCGCUCCUUUCUCCUGGACGGCAUCCACCCCGGGAAGGUUCUCCCCUUGGCCCGAGGGCUCGUGGCUCGUGGGGCAGGCCCUUCUCCCUCCCCGUGGGCUGUUCCUGCCCCAGGGAAAUGGGGAGUUCCUCCUGGAGCGCUGGGCUCUGCGUCUCCCGUGCCCUGCGGACCCCAUGCCGGGAUCUCUCCGUGAGGGAUUCCGAGCCGGGAGAAUGUCUGGAUCGAGAUGGGGUACAGGGGUGUCCUCCAUGAAUUUUGGGGCGCAGGGCGGUAUCAUGUGCCCCCCUCAGUCCCCCUCGCUAUUCCCUGAUAUCGGGUUUAAUCCUCUGUCUGAAGCUCUCGGCUCCUUCUCCUUGGGGCUGGACGCCCUCAAAAUGGGGAAUGAAGCCAGUUUGGGGGGAAAGCGGAUGGGAUCGGUGCGAGGGAUCCCCGCCGCUCCUCCCCUCCUGCAGCAGGGAGCAGACCCAGGAGGAUAUUCACGACCAUCCCUGCCUGGGGAAGGCGAUCUGGGGAAAAUUGUGCCUGGGGCAGUGCCCAGCUCCGCGUCCUGAGGGCCGCUCCCCCGCCCCGUCCGUGCCCCCGGCUCUGCGGGGAGGAGCCGCAGGAGCCUAAUGGCCCUUGAUGGAUUUUUCUUCCAGGAAUUCGCUGCGGGAGUGGUUUUUUUUUCUUUUCUUUUCUCUCCUUUUAUUUUUUUCUUUCCUUUCUGCGCUCCUGUAAACACGGCGCGGAGCUGGAAGGGGCGGCAAUGAGGAGGGAGGGGGGAGCGCUUUUGGGGGAGCGCUGGCACCCCGAUUUUCCUGAACUCCCUUGCCGGGUGGGUUUGGGAUGAGCCGCUUUUCCCUACGGGAACACGGCGUCCUGGAGCCCUGCCCGGAAUGGUGGGGGUACAACACUGGGAAUCUCCCCCCACGCCGCGCGGCCCCAUGGAGCAUCUCCCCGGCCCCUCGCAGCCUCACAUCCCGCCCUGCCCGGCCUUUGGGGGGCUGUCCCCUCUGUCCCCCCGUGUCCCCCCGUGGGCUGGGCGGUGCCCCGGGGAGGGGUGGGGGGAUGCCGCAGCCGCUGACGUCACGGCGCUCAGCCAAUGGGC